CUUUUCCUAAACUUCUGAGCUUGUUUGUGUUUGAUAGAGAAGAAAAAGAAAAGAAUGGGUUAUGUUUCUGUGAAAGUGGUUGUAAUCUCCACCGGGGUUUUAUCGAUGGCAAUGGGUUUGAAACUCACACUCCCUUUGCUCUCGCAUUUCCUCCUCAACCAAGCCCCGCACCUGUGGACCCUCCUCCUCACGUGCUUCACUCCUCCUUACCUCUACAUCUUCCUCAAUUUCAUCAUCCUCACCAUCGUCGCUUCCUCCAAACUCAACAACCACCAUCACUCUCCGCCUGAUACCACCCUCCUCCCCGCCAUCUACGACGGGCCACCCGCCUCCGUCCAGAUCCCCGCUCCCGCCGCCGCUGUACAAUCGGACUACAACGCCGUUUCCUCUGACAAAUACCUCUACGAAACGAAACCGACGCUCAGCUACGAUUCCGUUGCGGGAGGUAACGGCUCUGCCGGUUACGUUUACGACGAGAACACGCCGGUGAAAGCGGCGGUUAACAACAACGACGACGACGACGACGAAGCAGUUGGCGUUGGCGUUCUCUCUCCGAGCCUGCAGAGGAAAGACUCCUCGGACUUCGCGUUCGCAGAUGAGAACGAGAAACCGCUGGUUUCCGCCAGAUUCAGCCACCGCAAAUCCGUUAGAGCCAGUCCCGAAGGGGGAAAGGUGGUGGCGUUGGGAGUGGCGAAGGCGAAGAAGCAGGAAACGUUGGAGAACACGUGGAGGACGAUAAGGGAGGGGAGAGCGAUGCCUUUAACGCGGCAUCUGAAGAAGGCGGAGACGUGGGAGACGACGCAGCAGGGGACACCGUUACGGGACUUGAACGGCAGCGGAGGGCCGGUGAUGAAGAAGUCGGAGACGUUCGCGGGGAGGGAGAAGAACGCGUCGGCGAGGCUACUGAGGAAGGAGCCGUCGCUGAGUCAGGACGAGUUGAACCGCCGAGUGGAAGCGUUCAUCAACAAGUUCAACGCGGAUAUGAGGCUGCAGAGGCAGGAGUCGCUGAGACAGUACAAGGAGAUGAUGAUGAAUCGAGGAGCUCACUGAGAGACACGCGCACGCACACACACACAACACAUUUGCUCUCUUGCUUCUUCACUCCAAUAAUCAAAUUGGGCGGAAAAGAAAGAAAACGAUGCCAUUUGGGUGAAAACAAACACAGUGUGAUUAAAAAAAAGGUUUUGUUGUGCUGCAUUGAUUUUUUUGUUUCAGGCAAAGGAUGAACGAAACACAGUUUGGGAUAUAGGGAAAGUUUUAGUUUAGUCAUUAGUGUAUGGAGAAAAUGUGUAGGGGGAUAUUUUUAUUUCCAUGAAUUGGUUUUUUUUUUUCUUCUUUUGGUUGUUUAUUUUGUUAAUAGUGUUAAUGCAGUCUUCCUAUUGUCGGAGGAAUUUUUUUUUGUUUGCUGGUAUUUUCGAUCUUUUUGGUUCUUUAUUAUGUUAAUAGUGUUACAUCUCA